AUGUGCGAUUGUCCGUUAUUCACUAUAAGAAACUCCCUUAUAGCAAACUUGGAGAGGCAUCCCAGUUGGGACAAGUUUCAAACAUUUCAAACUGCAAAUUUUGGAAUUGGAGGCGAUAAAGUGGAAAAUGUUCUUUAUCGUUUAAAAAACGGCGAAAUAUCAAAUCUGAAAACUAAAAUUGUGGUUAUAUUGGCAGGAACAAACAACACGAAACAUAGCAAACCGCACGAAAUUUAUGAAGGAAUUAUUAAAUGUGUGAGCAUUAUUAAAGAAUUGCUUCCGAGUGCUCGCAUCAUUUUACCCACCAUGCUUCCAAGAGGAAGAGUACCAAAUGCCCAACGCGAUUGCCUGCAAGUCCUUCUUCAUACAUGCCAUGAACAAAGUAAAUGGUUGUUUGUUGAAGUCAUGACAGAUACCAUGCAUUGUAAUAUGCGUGUGCAUCAUCAGGCAUAA